UCGCCUCCAAAUUAUUCCCGUCACAGGGAGCGCACCGGCAGCUUCACUCUGCGCGCGGCGAGGUGACCAUGCAGGCGGCAGCGGCUAACGGUCAGGUGGGGCAGACCGACGUGCAGAAGCCGCAGCAGCAGCAGCAGCUGGGGGCGCCGCCCGCGGCGGUGGCGGCGGUGGUGCCGCCGCCUCAUUGGGUGGCCAUGCCGUUCGCGCCGCCCGGGGCCGCCGCCAUGGUCAUGCCGCACCAGAUGUCGCCGGCGCCGCCCCAGUUCGCGCCGCACUUCGUGCCGUUCCACGCCGUCGCGCCGCCGCCGCAGCUGCAGCCGCGCCCGGCGCCCGUCGCGCUCGGCUCCCCCGCCGCCACCGCGCACGGCGGCCAGGAGGACAACAAGACCAUCUGGGUCGGCGACCUCCAUUACUGGAUGGACGAGAACUACCUCCACAGCUGCUUCGGCUACACCGGCGAGGUUGUUGCAAUCAAGGUUAUUCGUAACAAGCAGACAGGACAAUCUGAAGGAUAUGGAUUUGUGGAGUUCUACAGUCAUGCUGCAGCUGAAAAAAUACUUGAUGGUUUUUCUGGCCACAUAAUGCCAAAUACUGACCAACCAUUUAGGAUAAACUGGGCUUCAUUUAGCAUGGGAGAUAGGCGUUCAGAUAUUGCUUCAGAUCAUUCCAUAUUUGUGGGCGAUCUUGCUUCAGAUGUCAAUGAUGCCGCAUUACUGGAGACAUUCUCCAGCAGGUACUCCUCUGUCAAAGGUGCGAAAGUUGUUAUUGAUGCUAACACUGGUAGAUCCAAGGGCUAUGGUUUUGUGAGAUUUGGAGAUGACAGUGAGAAGACAAAUGCCAUGACUGAGAUGAACGGAGUGUAUUGCUCUACUAGGCCCAUGAGGAUUGGCCCUGCAACUCCCAGAAAAUCUUCAGGUAAUUCUGGCUCUACUGGUUCAUCUGCUCGAUCUGAUGGAGAUUUGACAAACACAACAGUAUUUGUUGGUGGGCUUGACCCAAAUGUUAGUGAAGAUGAUCUUAGGCAGACCUUCUCCCAGUAUGGUGAGAUUUCUUCUGUGAAGAUUCCGGUUGGGAAACAGUGCGGCUUCGUGCAGUUCCUUCAGAGAAAGAAUGCAGAAGAGGCCUUGCAAGGGCUAAAUGGGAGCAUUAUCGGAAAACAGACCGUGCGCCUUUCAUGGGGUCGCAAUCCAGCAAACAAGCAGUUGAGGAGUGACAACGGCAAUCAGUGGAACAACGGGAUGUACUACGCCCCCUCCCCGUUCUACAAUGGGUAUGGCUAUCCCGCGGCGCCGUUCCCUGACCCAGGCAUGUAUGCCACUGCUGCCUAUGGCGCGUACCCCUUCUACGGGAACCAGCAACAGGUCAGCUGAAGAAAAGAGCUCCACACGCCAAUCACAAAAAAAUCGGAGGCGCACACGCACGGGCAAUAGCUGUAGCUCUCGCUAGAGAAAGAAGGUAGACGACCGGCGGCUUAUUAGGUGAGCUAGGUGUAGUGACUGGUUAUGUAAAGUACAUUGCUAUUACAAUAGCUAGCACCGCUAAGACGCCUAUUGACUCUGAUCUCCAUGGUCCUCUAGCUGGAUUGUUCUAGGGAAAAAAGAGUUUUGGCCUGGAGCUGCAGUAUUAAGGUAGAAUGAACAAUAAGUUAUUUGA